GGCGGGAGGCGGGAGCAGGGGGCGGGGGGAAUAGCUUGAGACCAGGCGCCGACGGGGUUGUCAUGGAGCCGCGGGGCCGGGCUCGCGCAUGCGUCGCCUGACCCGCGGGGCCGGUCGUGGAGAGGCGACCUCGGCCCUAGGGCAAUCCAGAUGAAAGGAGGACCAUUGAUGAAUCUGCUUGCAGCCCAGUAAAACAUGGAGAGGAAAAACCCGUCCAGAGAGAGCCCCAGAAGACUCUCGGCCAAACUGGGCAAAGGCACGGAGAUGAAGAAGGCGGCUCGUCAAUUCGGCAUGGCAGCUGCUGAGUCAGAUAAGGACUCUGGAUUUUCAGAUGGGAGCUCAGAGUGUCUGAGCUCAGCUGAGCAGAUGGAGUCCGAGGACAUGCUGAGCGCCUUAGGCUGGAGCCGAGAAGAUAGGCCAAGGCAGAACUCCAAGACUGCGGGCAGUGCCUUCCCCACGCUGUCACCGAUGGUUGUCAUGAAGAAUGUGCUGGUCAAACAGGGCAGCAGCUCAUCCCAGCUCCAGUCGUGGACCGUCCAGCCCUCCUUCGAAGUGAUCUCGGCGCAGCCGCAGCUGCUGUUCCUUCACCCACCCGCGCCGCCUCCCGCGAGCCCGUGUCACGCCGGCGAGAAGAAGUCGGACUCCAGGAACUACCUGCCCAUUCUAAAUUCUUACACCAAAAUCGCCCCCCACCCAGGCAAAAGGGGCCUCUCCGUCAGCACAGAAGCGAGAGGAGACAGCGGGAUGCAGAAGAAAGUCUGUGCCGAGAGACUGGGGCCGAGCCUGUCUUCCAGGGAGCCCGCCAAGCCCGGCGCCGCGCCCCCCAGCCCGCCGGCGCCCGCACCGCCCGGCGCCCAGCGGGCCGAGGACUCCGCUCCGCAGGGCGUGCCCUCCCUGGCGGCGGGCGGAAGUCCACAGACUCUUCAGCCGGUGUCCAGCAGCCACGUGGCUAAAGCCCCCAGCCUGACCUUCGCUUCCCCCGCCAGUCCCGUCUGCGCGUCGGACAGCACGCCGCCCGGCGGCGAGAGCAGCUCCCCGCUCUCGCCCCUGUGGGCCGCCGGGCGCCUCUGCCGCAGCCCCGAGCUCUUCGAAGAGCGGCGGCAGAGCAAGCACAGGCGCUUUCACAAUACCCUGCUCGUCCUGCACAGGUCCGGUCUGCUGGAGAUCACGCUGAAAACCAAGGAGUUGAUUCGUCAGAACCAGGCGACUCAGGUGGAGCUAGACCAGCUGAAGGAGCAGACCCGGCUGUUCAUCGAGGCCACCAAGAGCAGGGCUCCUCAGGCCUGGGCCAGGCUGCAGGCCUCUUUAACCUCGGGGUCUAGGCAAAGCGGCAGUGACCUGGAAGCAUUCUCCGACCACCCAGACAUGUAACCCAGGAGGCUUUUGCUGUCACUUGAGCGGUUCUUUUUAACACUUUGGCUGUUUCUACUCCUGUUUCCCAAAGCUUAUGUAAGAGCUUUUCCUUCUACACUUAAACUGUUGGGCAGUUCACUUAGGAAGCCACAUGCCCAUACCCGGCCGCUGUCUUAACCUGUGGUCUGUGCACAGUUUACAUACGUCCCCGUCCCUCUGAGGACCUCAGAUUCGGAGCGCCCUCGGGGCCCCUUUCCUCAGCCUGCAGGCACUUAGAUGGGUCGCGGGGCCAAGUAGGAGAGAUGGUUGUGUGGGGCUCUUGUGGCUGUCACCUCCCACCGUCUCAUGCACUCACUGCGAUCAAGGGUACAGUGAC